AUGGGCUCUGGCCACUCGCCCCCGGACGAGUCAGCGGAGGCGGCCCGCUUGGCGGGCGGAGAGUCGGGCGACGGCGAGCGCGACUGGCGCGAGGGCCCGCUGCCGCGCGCGGACAGCGCCCUGCUGCAGCUCUACGUGCAGCAGUUCCUCUUUCCCGACUCUUGGCGGCCUCCGCUGUGCCUGCUGUCGUGUGCGCUCAUGCUGACGCCCUCGCGGCCCUUGCUCGCGGCCGCGCUCGUCGCACGCAAUGCUGCACGAUACACGCAGAUGCCUUUUGUGUGGGACUCGGAGUUCUGGUGGUGCCGAGCCCAGCUCGCUCUCUGCUACGCCGCCUCGGGCUUCUUCAAGCUGAACGAGGCGUUCUUGGACUCGCGCGUGAGCUGCGCGCCUAUCUUCGGCCUCUCGCUACUCGAGCGCAUCCCACCACUCGCCACAGCCCUCAAGGCGGCGCCAGGGGCCGUCGGCGUGCUCGCGGCUCUGAUGCCCCCCGCCGUCAUCGCCGUCGAACUUUGGAUCGCGGCGCUGCUCGCCCGCGACCGCUGGUCCUCGCGCGGCGUGCUGCUUGCCUUAAUCUUCCACGCGGCCAUCGCCCUCACGCCGCCGCCCAAUGGAGCGCGAGCGCCUCCUCCGCCUGCUCUCGGGGCGGCGACGGGAGAGGAGCGCCUCCUCCUCUGGAUGGGAGUAGGGGAGUAG